CGCUUCCGGUCCCGUCACCGCUCGCCAGCCACGACACACCGCCGCCCCUCGGCGACUGGUUGAUUCGAAUGCGGCCGCGCCGCGUCCGCCGCCGGCGCCGUGAGCAGGAGUGAUGCGCCUCGCCUCCUCCGCCUUCCUACGCCGCGCCGCCGCCAUGUCCUCCUCCUCCUCCUACGGCCGCAGAGGAGGCUACCCGCGCCCCCGCCGCGGAUACUCCGCCAGGCCCUCGCCGCCGCCCCCCGACGCGGGCGCCGAGCUCGUCAGCGGGGAUUUCCACCACAGCGCCGUGCGCGCCGCCAACGAAUCCCUCCGCCGCGGCGGCGGGCCUCCGCCGCCCUACAGGCAAGGGCCUCAGCCUCACCAGCCGCACUACGGCUACGGCCGGCCACAGCACCCGGCUCCGGCUUACGGGGCUGUACCGUACAACUACGGCCACCCACAGCAGCAGCAGCCGCCGCCUGGCCCUCAGUACGGCUACGGUGCUCCCAAUCCGUACGUCCAUGGGUACCCGCAGCCGCUGCCGCAGAUGCACGGCCGAGCGCCAGUGGGUGCAGGGUUCCGUCCUGGUGCCCCGCAGCUGAGCCCCAGGCUGGCAGACUACCGCCGACGGUGGCGGUUUGCAAAGCAGCGGCCGCCACGCCAAGCUGAGAGGUUUAAGGUUCUAUCGUACAAUAUACUUGCGGACUAUCUGGCCCAGGAGCACCGAUUUCUUUAUGAGCGAAUACCAUCUUUCAUCCUGGAUUGGAACUGGCGCAAGGACAAGUUAGUGUUUGAGUUCGGACUGUGGUCUCCAGAUAUUCUAUGUCUUCAGGAGGUUGACAGAUUUACAGACCUUGAACAAGAAAUGGCAAGCCGAGGAUACAACGGCAUAUGGAAGAUGCGGACUGGAAACGCUGCUGAUGGAUGUGCUAUCUUUUGGAGAACAACAAGGUUCCAGUUGCGCUAUGAAGAGGACAUUGAGUUCAACAAACUUGGACUUCGUGAUAAUGUUGCGCAACUCUGUGUUUUAGAGUCGGUGGUCCCACAAAAUGUGCAAACUGACUCAACUAAUCUAUCUACAAGCUCUAGUCAUCCACAACAAGCUAAACAAGUUGUUGUAUGUAAUAUUCACGUUCUUUAUAAUCCGAAGAGAGGAGAUAUCAAACUUGGUCAGGUCAGGACACUUCUUGAUAGAGCUUACACUGUAUCUAAGAUGUGGAAUGAUGCUCCAGUGAUACUUUGUGGAGAUUUCAAUUCUACACCCAAGAGUCCGCUGUACAAUUUUGUGUCAGAGCAAAAGUUGAAUUUGUCUGGCCUUGCGAAAAAUACUAUAUCUGGACAGCAAACUAGUGGUAGUUCACAGGGGCUAUAUACUGGCCCUAAUAUAUAUCGAUCCCAUCCACCUUUUUAUCCAACCAACAGUAGAGAGGGAAACAUAACUCUUCUAAAUGGUCGUGAGCCUCAGACUGAGACAACAAAGUUGGUAGAGAAUUCUUGCCCUGCUGGAAGAGAACCUGUAACUGAUACCUCUUCAGAAUCUCUCCUUGACUCCAAAUCAAGUAACAGCUGUGGCAAUAAUAUACCUUGUUCUGGCUCUUCUAAUCUUGACAAGCAUGGAUUAUUGAACUGUUUGGAAGGUCCUGUAAAUGAUGACUGUGCUUCUGAUGCUGGCGAAGAAUCUGCAUCCAUUGACAAACCCAAUGAAGGGUGUUUUGGAGGGAUCAAAACUGAAUCUGGAGAAGGACCUGACAUUACAGAUGUCCCAUCUGCUCCAGCCACAGUUUGUGCUGGCUCAUGUGAAAUAGUUGGUAGCAGUCAGCUGCUUUCUUCUGACAACUUAUCCGGCAAUGAGAUUUCUGAAGAAUUUACAUGUACUUUUGAAGCAAACGGGGUCCAAUCAGAUGAGCUUUUGGCUGCCUCGAAAGAUAAGUCCGAUGAAAAGGAAAAUGCUAUUGAAUCCAUGUUGUCUUCUCAAGAUAAUUGCGCAACUAAUGAGCCAGAAUCAUCUCAUUUCAAUGGUUCUCAGAAUGUCGCUGAUGCCCUUUACCAUAUGAGUAAUGUGAGGCUAGGAGAAAGUAGUAUUGGGCCAGCAGCACCAGUACAUCAACCAAAUGGCGCUGUUUCGGAUGCCUGUGGCAAUCAAUGUUCUGCUGAGGUGAUAAACAAGCAUUCAGUCUCUUGUGGAGAUGAUUCUGAAAGCAAUGCUCAUGCUUUCAAGGAUGAUAUAACAAUUGAUGAAGUUACCUGCUCAGAUGUGAAUUCUGACCCUUCCUUCUUUGAAGAGUUAUGUGGUGGUAAUGAUCACUUAUAUGAAGAGGGAGCCCAGCUGCCGGCAACUUCAGAUAGAUCAUCACCACCUCAGCAGGUGGUUAGGUCCAGUGAAGGGUAUUACUAUUAUGAUCCGUACAGGUGGACUCCAGAAGAAAUAAAAGCUGCCACUGGGAAUGUUGAAUGCACUUCUGUGGAACACAGUUUGAAAUUAAGGAGUGUCUAUACUGAUGUGGAGGAUUUUGAUGGGACAAAAGACGCCAACAAGGAACCACUAGUAACCAGCUACAACAGUAAAUUCAUGGGAACAGUGGACUACAUAUGGGCCUCGGAAGAUCUGCAGACUGUUCAAGUCCUGGAUACAUUUCCCAAACAAAUUUUGAAACAAACAAUUGGGUUCCCGACAAAGAAAUGGGGAAGUGAUCACAUCGCCAUUGCCUGUGAAUUGUCUUUCACAAAAUGACGCUCAACAAACUGGACGAGAACACACCUACACAGUAUCGAGUAAACAAACACACACCUCAGGAGCAAAAGAGUAGUCUACGGGACGAUCAACAGUAGUUUCUACAUUAAUACAGAAUCAAAUUUUGUUAUUUUAGAUCUCGUUCAUUUAUUUGCUUUGUCUGUCUUCGGCACAUCUUUUAAAUUGUACAUGGGUGGAGGGAUACAUCGCUUGGGUCAAGUUUUAAAGCAUUACUCGAUCAAUUGGCUGUGGAGAGUGUA